AACACUGGUCAGUUGAUGUGAACUGUCAAUUGUUAUUUAUCAACCUAGCGUGUGUCUUGUACAAGUGAAUAAAUAGUUAAGUAGUAUUUGUAUUCUCUUUGAUAAAUAGUGCAAUAAAACAAUUCAAUAGGUUUGCUAUACUUUUCGAUAAAGAUGAAUCGACGCGACAUGAAAGAUGAUGAUGAAAAAAGUCAAAGCGUUUUCCAAAAUUUAGAUAAGACAACACUGUUCCAGGAGACUAGAUACUUCAAUUCAACCCCGGUGAAUCCUAGAAAAUGCAUUCAAAUACUUACAAAGGUGCUGUAUUUACUGAAUCAAGGCGAAAAUUUAACGACACAGGAGGCCACGAACAUAUUUUUUGCUAUCACGAAGCUGUUCCAGUCAAAGGAUGUGGUGCUCCGUCGUCUCGUGUACUUGUGUAUAAAGGAGCUGAGUUCUACGGCGCAAGAUGUAAUAAUCGUGACAUCGUCGUUGACUAAGGACAUGACGGGGAAGGAAGACCUGUAUCGGGCGGCUGCUAUUCGCGCGCUGUGCACUAUAACCGACAGCACGAUGUUGCAGGCGAUAGAAAGAUACAUGAAGCAAGCAAUUGUGGAUAAAAACCCGGCGAUCAGUUCCGCAGCACUAGUGUCUGCGCUGCACUUGUCUGCCACAGUGCCUAGCGUGUGCCACCGAUGGGCCUCCGAAGCUCAGGAUGCAAUCAUGUCGGACAAUGUUAUGGUCUCUUAUCAUGCAUUGGGAGUUGUAGCAGAUUCGAGGCGUUACGACCGCCUGUCAACCGUAAAACUCGUGUUAAAAAUGACACGGUCUCCAUUGCGCUCGCCUUAUACAACGUGCCUUCUUAUCCGCCAUGCCGCUAAACUUGCCGAAGAGGAUCAAACAGAAGCUUCGGAGCCUUACCUACAGUUUAUUGAGUCAUGCUUGCGACAUAAAUCGGAAAUCGUUGUGUACGAAGCUGCUCAUGCGAUAGUCAACCUUAGAAAGUCAGCCAAAGAUCUAGCACAAGCAGUAUCUGUACUACAAAUAUUCUGUGGCUCGUCCAAAGCGACCUUGCGUCUUGCUGGUGCUCGUACGUUAGCGAUGUUAACAGCUAAACAUCCAAGUGCUGUUGCGGCUUGUACCGUAGAUUUGGAGAAUCUUAUCUCAGAUCCUAACCGCUCUGUAGCCACUCUAGCUGUGACAACUCUCCUUGCCACUGGUGCUGAAAGUUCUAUUGAUCGCCUUAUGAAACAGAUUUCAAGCUUUAUGUCUGAAAUAUCGGAUGAGUUUAAAAUUGUCGUGGUACGCGCCAUAAAGCGUCUUUGUUCGAAAUAUCCUCGUAAACAUCAGUCUCUUGCAUCAUUUUUGGCUGGUAUGCUGCGGGAUGAAGGUGGCCUCGAGUACAAAACUGCUAUCGCUGACGCAAUUAUUACCCUGGUGGAAGAAAACCCUGAUGCCAAAGAAACAGGUUUAUCUUAUCUUUGUGAAUUUAUAGAAGAUUGCGAGCACACAGCUUUAGCCGUCCGUAUUUUGCAUGUGCUUGGUCGCGAAGGACCCAAAGCCCGGCAACCUUCCAGGUAUAUCAGAUACAUUUACAACAGGGUGAUCCUGGAGUCGGGUCCAGUUCGUGCGGCUGCUGUAACUGCGGUCGCGCGUUUUGGUGCAUUACGGCCUGAACUCCUUCCCAAUAUCAGAGUGCUACUUGGCCGCUGUCAAGUAGAUGAAGAGGAUGAAGUACGUGACCGAGCCGUGUAUUACAGCGCCAUUUUGGAUUCGGGUGAUCCACAAUUAAUGAAUGAUUACAUUGUUAAUAUUUUAACACCAGACCCGAUUCGACUAGAAAGAGCACUGCAUGAACAUUUAGAAUCUGAACAUGCUGAUGAACCUUUUGAUAUGUCAAGUGUGCCACUUGAUAAUACGCCGCAAGAAAUAGAUGAAGUACACGUCGAGAUUGAACCAAAGAAAGCACCAACAGCAUCGCUAAACGAAUUGUACGCUGAACAGCUCAAGGUAAUUCCGGGUAUCGAAAAAUUUGGCCCCAUUUUCAAGUCAUGCAAAGCGAUCAAUUUAACGGAACUAGAAACUGAAUACCAAGUAAAAUGUGUAAAACAUAUUUUUUCCCAUCACAUGGUUUUACAGUUCGAAUGUUUGAAUACCCUAAAAAAUCAUUACCUGGAAAAUGUUCGGAUUCGUAUGGAAUCAGCGCCUGGUUAUAUUGACCUCGAUCAAGUAAUAUGUCCAGAGUUGCCUUACGAUAAACCAGGAUAUAUAUUUUAUAUGUUUCGGUUCCCUGUUAAUCCAAUUGAAACUUUGGGUACCUUUGAAGUGACCCUAGAGUUUAUUGUACGCGAAUGCGAUCCUAUUACUUGGUUGCCCAAUACUUUUACUGGGUAUACUGAUAUUUACAUCCUAGAGGAUGUGGAAGUGUAUGGUGUAGACCAAUUCAAGAUAAACGCACCAAAUGACGAAUGGGAAGCGAUUUGGGGGGAAGCUGCCGGUAUGGAAGAAGCAAGUGACACGUUUGCGCUGGCACAUGUUGACGCUGAAGUAGCGGCUCUUGCAGUCUGUGAACACUUGGGAUUGAGCUCAUCGGCUAUCGGAGGGGAAGCCAUUAAAGAGAUCCGAGGCGUGGGAACAUGGCGAGAGAACAUACGAGUGCUGUUACGGGCCAGGCUGGCGGCGGCCAAUGGAUCUGUCACAAUGCAAUUAACAGUGCGCUCGCAACGAGAGGAUAUAGCCACGUUCCUUGUAGCGGCAGUCGGUUAGAAAAAUAGGUGUUUAUUUAAACAUAUUGUUUUUGAAAAAAAUGUAACAAUGAUUGUAUUAUGGGUUAAGCAGACGACGAACUCUUUAUUCAUAAGACAUAGGCAUAUAUUUUUUUAAAUUAAAUAUAACUCCUCUCUCAUAUUACAGGUAUUUGUAUUAUUGAGUGUGGUGGGUUUAAAUGUGUGAAACUGACGCGGUGCAGACGUUGACGGACCGCACAGUGGUGUAUCGGUGUUGUACGGACUCGACCCAUUUUCGGUUUUGUAUAGUGCAUUUUUAAACUGUGGCACGGUCGAGUGGAAUUGUGUGACAAGUGUUAGACCGUUUAUGUAACAAUUCGAAAAAUGUUAAUUGUACAUUUAAGCUUUAAUGAUGGUCUCGUGUUGCCGCGUCCAUGUUGUAGCCUAAAACAUAUGGCUUAUUAUUUACAUCAGACAAAAUGUUCGUAGUCUGCUGAGCCCCAGCGAGGUGACCACCUUAUGGUACAUCGAGGUUUUAAAACGUAUUCCUUUGUCUGUCAAACCGUCUCAUUGUUAGUCAUAUAAAUAUUGUUAACGAUUUGUAAGUUAAACUGAACAUCGUUGAAUUUUAUUGUUAAACUUAAUAUAAGUUUUAUGAAUGUUUUUAAUGAUUUAGGAUGCUGUGUACUUUAUUAACUUAACCUAAUACAGGAAAUACGCGCGCGGUGACCACAUAUUAUAUUUAUUCAAGUUAUCGGAGACCAAAGCAGCAUCGUGCGAGUAUGCCUUCACUCCCUUUUCACUUAUUCCGGUUGCCGGAAUUCAGGUGCCAGGUUUCCGGUAACCGUGAUAUGUAAAAUAUAAUUCUACAUUAGAACAAAGUAGUUUAUUCAUGUAAUUUAAAUGAAAACAUAUCCCUUAAGAUAUUUUGUAAAGUAUACUCGACCAACCUACACUGGCUGUUAUAUAUUAUGUUACCAUAGUGAUAUGUGUACUAAUUUAUUAAAAGAGAUAAAUAAAAUUUGUUUAAUAAAAUUUUAAAA